AUGAAAGGCUUGGAGCUACAUCCCGGAGUGGUCUUCGACUACAAAAAAUUAAAGGCUGCCACCAAUGGUUUUGCUCCUGAUAACAAGAUAGAUGGAGUCGGAAAUGUCUACAAGGGUGAACUCGAUGGGAUUCAAAUAGCAGUCAAGCAGCUUUCAGCGAAGUCAGAAGAAGGGGCCCACGAAUUUGUAACCGCCAUUGGUACAAUUUCUGCUCUAAAACAUCCAAAUCUUGCAACGCUAAUGGGAUCCUGUACCGAGCAAAACCAACUCCUACUUGUCUACAAGUACAUGGAAAAAGUCUCCCUUCAACAUGCUUUAUUUGGUCCAGCAGAAGCCAAACUAGAACUAAACUGGGAAACAAGGGCUAAGAUUUGCCUUGGGGUGGCAAAAGGUUUGGCUUGUCUUCAUGAGUCCAAACUACAAGUAAUACACUGCAAUAUCAAACCAACAAACAUACUUCUUGACAAGGAUUUUACCGUGAAGAUAUCCGACUUCGGAUACUCCCAAUUUCAUGAUUCUCAGCUUGUCGGCGCCCCGCUUGAUAAAGACAAAACUGCCCUUGGUAGUCAUGAUUCACAGCGUGUUGAUGCCCCGCUUGUUAAAGACAAAACUCCCCUUGGGGACAUAUGUCACCUGAGCAGAUACAAGGGUUCCCCUUAACACCUAAAGCGGAUGUUUAUAGCUUUGGAAUCAUCACACUUGAAAUUGUU